UUUUUCUGAAUGGAGGAAAAAACAAAUCAACUUUAAUUUUAACGAUCUAAAUAAAGAAAUCUUUUAUUAUACAAUGCAUGAUCACACUCCUUGUUCAUCUGCCUCAGCAACAACAACUUCCUCUACCCAAAUAAACACCCAGAAAACCCUUUCCCCCUCAUCGAAUCAAGAUAAAAAACAAAAAGAUGUUUCAUUAACAAAUCAAUCGACGCCCUGUGUUUUUUCUGUUGAUUCCGUAUCGGAUAUUACAAUUGAAAAUCAGUUGUCGAAUUGUUGUUAUGGUGAUGGUGGUUCUUUACAAAUGGAACAAAUGAGUUGUAAUAGUGGUCAAAUGCUACAACAUUUCGGUUCCUCCAGCACUACUUUUUCUACAAGUUCAUCCAAUAUAACAAGCGGUAGCUAUCCAAUUGACCAAUAUAGUGUUGCUAGUUCCUCUGGUGUUGCAACUUUAGAUUCUUCAGCUGAUCGAUUUCAGCCUACAAAUCUUGUGCCAAGUCGAACUUCAAAUGAUGAUAGCACACCAACAAUGAGUAUAUUAACAGAAACUAGUGGGACAUCAAAUUCAAAUAAAAAAGAAUUAAUCCAAUUAUCAACUGGAACAACUUCGACAAUAAAUUCAACAGAAUCUGCAACAGAAGCUAUUAUUCCAUCUACAACAAUUACUGCAUUUUCUAGUCUUUCAUUAAAUGCUGCUGAACCUGGUAGAAAAUUCCUUAGCGGGAACAAACCUUCAGGAAUUUCUGCAAAAAUUUUUUCACGUUCUGCAAAGGAUAGUGAAGAUUCGGGUUUGCUUUUAUUUAAUUUUUUAAAAAUAAUUUUUUCUGUUUUAGCAGCUUCCCCGAGUAGUUUCCUUGCUCUUCAAGGACAAGCACAUUCUACUCCAUCACUUUUGUCUUCCUUUACAGGUUCAGAAGGCAGUUCUGGGCAGCAAGUGAAAAUUAUCCCGGGUAGCAACAAUAGCAAAAAUCAAGGACAACAAAAUAUUGUUGACAUAAAUACGCCCUCAACUGUCUCCAAUAAUACCCCGAGUGAUUCUACUACCCUCGAAAGUUCAUCCUCCAAUUCAUCUCAUUCCAUUCUUGGCUCCAAUCAAUUACCUUCUGUGCUCAAUUGUGCUGCUACUUCAUGUUCUCAAAUUUUUUGUACUCCUUUGAGAACGAUUGUUUCACAAAAUAGACGUCGUUAUCAAAUGGACGGGUUUAAUUUGGAUCUCACAUAUAUAACUGAUCGUAUAAUUGCGAUGGGCUAUCCAGCAGAAACCAAGGAAGCCUUAUACCGAAACAGUAUGACUCACAUAGUCAAAUUUUUGGAGCAUUAUCAUCCGGGUCAUUACAAAGUAUUUAAUUUAAGAGGUCAAUAUGUUUAUGAUCCUGCCAAUUUUCACAAUCGUGUAAUUUCUUUUGAAAUGACUGACCAUCACCCUCCUCGUCUAGAAUUAAUGGCACCAUUUUGUAGAGAAGUGCAUGAAUAUUUGGAGGCUGAUCCUUUAAAUGUGGUUGCUGUACAUUGUAAAGCUGGAAAGGGCCGUACUGGUGUAAUGAUUUGUGCCUAUCUUUGCUAUAUUUCUUUUUAUCGAACUCCACGACAAAAUAUGGAUUAUUACAGCAUUAUCCGCACUCACAACAACAAAGGAGUCACAAUACCUUCACAACGCCGCUAUGUUUACUACUUUGCUCAUUUGCGUGAACGCAAACUUAAUUACAUACCUUUACGUUGUGAGCUUGUUGGUGUAUAUUUGGAACGUCCUCCAAAACUUUCUGGAACAUUUUCAAAAGGCGCAUUAAAAGUCAGAGUUGCCUGUGGUGAUGUUGAUGUAUUUCUUGGAAGUGAUAUGUGGCUAAAUGCUGAACAAUAUGAAGAAGAAGAAGAAUUAUAUAAACGUUUCCCUCUUGCUUCAGUAGAAGAAGAACAAUUUGAUCAACAACAAUCUGAUGUGGACAAAAAUUGUAUUUCUCGAAGAUGUUAUGGUUGGACAGUUCCUUCAAAUAAAAGGGUGUUUUUGGAGGGUGAUAUUCGGAUAGAUAUAUUUCAAAAAUCUCGUCUAAAAUUAUUUAAUGUGAAGCAAGAGAGGAAGAAAGUUUGACACAUUUG